GCAAAACUACCUGCAAAGAACAAAGAGAAGAAGCUCUUUUCUUUUUGAUAGGGUCACAAGCCAAAGCCUUUUGUUGUGGUUGUCUUUGCUUAUUAAGCCACACUCUCUAAGACACAAAAAAGUGGGGAAAAAAUUAUCCCAAAAGCAACCAACACAUUUGUCUCUCUCUUUCUCUGUCUCUCUCUCUCUCUCUUCCUAUGGACUUACAACUGAAGCAAUGGAGAAGUCAGCAGCAGAAUGAGUCAGAAGAACAAGGUUCUGCAACUAAGAUGUCUAACUUUUUCUUUGAUCAGAUUCAGUCUCAAACUGCAACUUCUGAUGCUGCUCUACCUCUCUUUGUCCCUGAACCCACCUCUUCUUCCUCAUUCUCAUGUUUCACUCCUGAUUCUUCCUCUUCCUCUACGAGGCAUCUCAAGAUGGGAAACUUCUUUAGCUGGGCACAGUGGCAAGAACUUGAGUUACAAGCACUGAUCUACAGAUACAUGUUGGCUGGUGCUUCUGUUCCUCAAGAGCUCCUCUUACCCAUCAAGAAAAGUCUCUUCCAUCAAUCUCCUUUGAACUUCCUUCAGCAUCCUCUGCCACAUAACUUCCCUCAUCACCAAGCUUCUUGGUACUGGGGGAGAGGAGCAAUGGAUCCUGAGCCAGGGAGGUGCAAGAGAACGGAUGGGAAGAAAUGGAGAUGUUCGAGGGAUGUUGUAGGCGGUCACAAGUAUUGCGACCGCCACAUCCACCGUGGUAGAAACCGUUCAAGAAAGCCUGUGGAAACCACCGCCAAAACAGCCACCACAAACGCUGCAGCCACAAACGCACCAUCUUCCUUUGUCUUAGGCGAGGAACUUGGUCAUGGACCAAACAAACUCUUCUUCUCAUCUGGCUCAUCACAUCAUUCAUCUCAACAUCUCCACCUUAACAAUCACCAAAGUUGUUCUUCAGACAUUAAACAAGAAAGCAACAACAACAACAAGAGGCCAUAUGGAGUUCACAGUGGCUUCAGCAAUGGAAGAUCAGAUGAUGGUCACAUCCUGAGACCUUUCUUUGAUGAUUGGCCACGAUCAACUGACUAUACCUCAAGUCCAAUGAGCUCAUCGACUUGUCAUCUUUCCAUCUCCAUGCCCGGUAACCCUUCCUCAGACGUUUCCUUAAAGCUUUCCACAGGAAAUGAAGAAGAAGAAGAAGCAAACAUGAGAAACAAAAAUGAGAGGGAGCAACAGCAAAGCAUGAAUUGGUGGAGCAGUGGAGGGAACCACAACAAUAUGGGUGGGCCAUUGGCUGAAGCCUUGAGGUCAGCCUCUUCAACGUCAAGUGUUCUUCAACAAAUGGGAAUCUCAACUCAAGUCUUUCACUGAAGAAAGUGUUGAAAAAACAAAAAAAAACAAAUCAAGUCCUCUUUUAGCUGCCUCUGCAUCUGCACUUUCUUCAUUAUGGUUCUUCUCUGAAUUGUUUUUGUACCGGUGAUGUUGUUAGGCCUAAUUUGCCUGCUUUGGAACUGUUUUCUUUCUUUCUUUCCUAUGCAGAAAUUUAUGUCUGAAGUUUAAGUAUGUUGGUGAUAAGUAUGUCAUAAGUCAGUACCUGAGAAGUUUCUUGGUUUAGAUGUUGGUAAUAUGUAAGUUGGAUUAGCUA